CCAAAUGUGUUAGGAGUGAAUAAUAGAUUACAUUAAUGUCAACAACACUGUUAACAACUUUAUUUAAUAUGUGUGUAGGUUAUGAGGACCAGUGAGUUUGAUUCCUCUGAUGAAGAGGAUUGUGGUGAUGAAGAGUCUUACACUCCUCUACACAUCUCCUGUUCAGGACACAAAUAAUCACUCAACACUCUGACACCUUAAAGUGGUAACCUGUGUGUGUGUGUGUGUGUGUGUGUGUGUGUGUUGUGUGUGUGUGUGUGUGUGUGUGUGUGUGUGUGUGUGUGAGAGCAGAUUGUCCUUGUCGGUGGUUGAGUGCUCACAGUUCCUCGGUAUUUGCUCUUUGCCAGGAUGCAGAUAUAAGGGCAUCAGGAGAAACUUGGAGAAAGAUGUGGGCAAGUCUCUCUCUCUCUCACACACACACACACACACACACACACACACACACACACACACACACACACACAAAGCUAAGAAAGAGGAGGAUUCUGGUAUGACUGUGUGUGUGUGAGUUGUGUGCCCAGGGUGUACAGGAUGUGUUUGUGUUAUGUGAGAGUGCUGAGCUUGUGUGUUACAGAGUGCCAUGUCUGUUAGAGUGUUACACUCGGUGUGGACUCAGCAUGCACCACCUGCCCUUCCCUGAUGGUGGCGCUCCUGAGCUGCACCAAUGUACUUGCAUCCUGGAUGAACUGCAGCAUUGCUUACACACCCAGCGACGCACCAUCAUCCAUUGCUGCAGCUCUGUCUCCAUGACACCCACUAAUGCCAUCGAGAUCCUGAGAGAGCUAAGAGGAGGCGGAGCAAUUCAGACUGUCAAACAGUACAACUUCCUGCAUGAGUUUCGGGAGACGUUUGCAGCUCAUCAGGAAACCAAAGAGUCCAGAAGAAGAGUCCACAGCCCUGCCCCUGGAAAACCUGACCCACCCCUCCAUCUUUAACCGUGAUUUAUUAAGGAAGUGACAAGUCUGAUCUUAUUCUGCACUGAUCUGAGAUUUUCACAUUGUGGGUUUUUCUGUUAGUAUUAUGGGAUUGAUUAUGGCAUUGCUUGUUCAUGUGAACUGGUGGGGUGCCAAUAGUUUUUAAACGGCCUUGUAGAGCAUUGUGGUGAUAAAUCACAUGUGAAGUGAAUGUUGUGUUUCCCUCUAAACAUCAACUGGAAACAGAAGUUCAGCUUCUCCUUCAGUCUUUUAUUUCGUGAGUACGUACACACACACACA